AUGGACCGUGAAGGCCUGAAAUUUCAGCUGGAAGGGGGGUCGGCUAGGAAGGCAGAAUCCCAUGGUAGAUCUGCUGUUUUCCUUGGCUUGGACAUGAUGGACAGCCUUAAUUUAACUGUAUCUUGGAGCAGACUUAAGCUCACUAAGUUUAUUGACUGCAUAUGUCAGAAAGCGGUUUGGCCCGAAGGACACCUGCAUCUUCCAGUAGAGAAAGGGUGUGAAUCAGCUUGGAGAAAUGCCUUUGCCAAACUCUAG